AUGGACCAGGCAUUGGAAGAGGUCACUGUACCUCGAAUAACGCCCAUGCCCAAGCGCAAAGGCCGGAGGCAUCGUGCUUUGGCAUACCGAGCUAGCGUGAGCGAGCAUCUGCCUCACGUAACACCGAUGCAGACGGCGUCUCCUGGCCUAGCCAGACCAGCGAAUCAAUUCCCCUGCACCGCAAUUGGUUGUGAUCAAUCUUUCAAGAACGCAUCUGGCUGGAAGAGACACGAGGCCGGUGUGCAUGGCUACAACGACCGAGAGUGGAUCUGCAUGCUGACAGAAGCAUUUAAGCUGCAGUCCGAAUGUGUCUUCUGCUUGGAGUCAAUGGACUCGAUCGAUCAUCUCGACAAGCAUGCAAUCGAUCCCUGUUCGAACAAGUGCACCGCCGAACGUAGUUUUCCUCGCAAGGAUCUUCUCAAACAGCAUGUCUUGCUUGCGCACCUCGCAAGUGCAUCUCCAUCGAUCAGAAGGACAUUCGAGGUACCCACGGAGUGGGAAAGAGGGUUGGGUGUGUCGCCUGGCGGACCUGGUUCACGCUGCCUCGUCAAUAAGCCAACGAAAGCAGGCAAACCGAUCGAUCGCGAGGACCUAUUCAAAUACACGAACGGACGUUUCUUAGCAAACGAGAAGAAAGCCGUUGAUCGCAGAUAUGUGAGGUUCGACUUAGAUCAGCUCUGCGCCGUGGCUGCGACUACUGGUGGGCGGCACUCGCCCGUCUGCGCGAUCGACAAGAUGGAAGGAGGGUUCAGCAAAGCACUUCUUCUGCGCAAAGAAGAUGGCAGCGAGAUCGUUGCGAAGAUGCCCUUUCCUAUCGCAGGACCACCAACGUACACCACGGCGUCGGAGGUGGCUGUUCUCAAAUAUCCACCCAAAGUUUUGGCCUGGGACGCCGAUCCGUCCAACCCUGUCGGCGCCGAGUACAUCAUCAUGGAAAAGGCUCUCGGCGUUCAGCUAUACAACGUAUGGGAUGAUCUGAAUGACUUGGACCGGUUGCGCCUCCUACGACAAUUAGCCAUAUUCGAGAGCGAAAUGACUAAGAUCCGCCUUCCGGCGAGCGGAAGUCUUUACCUUUCUAAAUAUAUGGCAGAAAACGAUGCACAUGUCUCCUUGGACCAGGAGAUGGAUCCUUCUGGAGAGUUUUGGCCAGAUUUAUCAUCUUUCGGAACCGCUCUAGUCGACCGAGAGCUUGCGAUCCUGCGAAAUCGUUCUUUCAACGCAACAUCUGGCUCACCACAAGGAACUCUCGAUGAGCAGAUCGAUGCUCUUGACAUGACUAGAGAGGUCAUGUCUCGACUGCACGAGCGUACACUCGUUAGCAAGGUCUCCAAUCCAGUGCUAUGGCACACCGACCUCCACAUGGGCAAUAUCUACGUCUCAGGGCAAAAUUCACCCCAAAUUACAUCGAUCAUUGAUUGGCAAUCGAUUGUAGUCUCGCCAUUGUUCCUACAGGCACGCUUUCCAGAAUUCCUGACAGUUGACGAAGACUACCAAUUGGGCACCAUGGAGCUCCCACCGCCACCGCCUGAUCUGGAUAAGAUGGACGCUGGCGACAAGAGAUUAGCAGAGUUCAAGUAUGAGCAAUCAAAAGCAACAAAGACGUAUGAAAUGAACUGCGCAGCUCAGAACACAAUGGCUUGGAAGGCGUUGAAGUUACCGGCAUUCCUCCGGGAGCUCUUCACACGAUGUGCAGAAGUCUCGGAAGAGGGCGAGAUACCACUUCGCGCGUGUCUCAUUGAGGUUGCCGCAGUAUGGAACAGAAUUGGCUUCAAAGACGAAUGCCCACUCAACUUUAGCGAGGAGGAUCUGCAGAAGCACGAGCAACAGUUCGAAGAAUACAGCAACUAUCACAAGGUACACGAAUUGGCGAGAGGGAUCAUUAGCACGGAUUUCGAAGGCUGGAUCAAUCCGCGACUGGACUUCUCUGCGAAACAACAACAAAACCAAGAACUACUAGAAGAGUUCGUGCGCAGGAGCAGUGAAUUUGGCAUGACGCCGGAGAAGAUGAGGAGCAUAUGGCCGUACUUAGAUCGGUCGUGA